AUGCACAACACCCCCCUCACCAAUGCUAUAGUCACAGAAGAGCAAGAGAUCACUGAAACCAACCCUGCCCUCGCAUGGAUCGCCUGCGUCGUGCCUGGUGAUCCCAAUCAGCAUUGUUUCAUCAGACCCCGUCCGGUUUGGAACCAUUUUCUGAAGGGCAUACUGUCUUCCACUGUGACGACUGCCUUCCACAUUACCGUUGCUCCUGAUAGAGCCAAGACGUCUAUCAAUGAAGUUCAGCAACUCUAUACAUUGCUGGAUUUUGGACAAUUACUAUCUGAUUACAUUGUGAAGGCCUCUAAUGGCCAACCUGCAAUGUCAUGGAGUUGUGAUCGUGGUCGUGUUAAGACUUGGAACAAGUUUCGAUUACAGCUGCAUUCCGUCAUUCAAGCCAGUCCGCCUUCACAAAUAUUUCCUCUGGGAAAUUGUGAUGCAGUUAUCGUGCAGUCAUCACAUGGCGACCAGAUGGUGGAAUUGGAAGUUGACCCCUUGGAAAGCUUCGCCGAGCCCGCACUGCGACCUGUCAUUUCUUUGGACAUAUGGUUAGUCCUGAAAUUUGAAUUCAUCGUGGACCGUCCGUAUAAAAUACCGCAAGGUGUGAUAAAAUGGUAUUUGACCUCACCUGUUUCUUCCUGGGGGAUGUGGUUCUUGUCUACAGUUCUGCCUUGCGUUGCACUGGCAUCUGCGAGACAUGCUCUUAUGUCCCGCGAUGAUACCAGUCUGUCCAAAUUGACGCUAUCCGGCCCAGCUUCGCUUCCGAUAGACGCAACACCACCCUUAAACCCUGCCCUCGCAAGCUUCAGUAUUGAAACCACCUCCUUUGAAGAAUUUAUGGGAAACCAAUCCUAUCCAAACCAGUUUUCUCAGAAUCUCUUUGAGAACCUAAAAGAGAGGACUGGGGUUUCAGCCGAAGUACGCAUUGGUGGUAUCACCGCUGACUCGACAUUCUGGGAUCCGAAUCAGGAGGCUGCACUAUACAAUUUCAUCGAUAGUAGGGGUGCACUAAUAAACACUACACUGGGACCCCAGUUUUGGAACACUGUGAAGCUUUUACCACAAGGGACGAAGAUCGUCAUGACGCUCGAUCUAAAAAGCUUGAAUUAUACCGGAACCCUUGGUAUGGCUGAGGCAGCAUGGAUGGGUCUUGGUUCACGCCGGAUUUCUCGCUUCGAAAGUGAGUCAUUCGAUUCUCCCACUGACGCUUCCCGGUCCGACUAUACCCCGUCUUCAGUAGGAAAUGAGCCAGAUCAAUAUUACCUCGACCUUGAUGCUCAGACUUAUACCGCUAUAUGGGAGCCGUGGACUAUCAAUAUCUCGAAGGCAUUGGGCAUUGAUUAUCCCGAGUUCCAGAUUGGGGCGACUGCUCAAGACCCUUUUUGGCCGUAUAACACCCCGCAAGCAGAUGCACAGUUUGACUGUCCACGUAUUCACAGCGUGCGCGUUCAGCUUGGACCUGAUGCCUUUGUUAUUGGUGAAUUCAAUUCUGUCUCCUGUGGUGGACGGGCCAAUGUCAGCAACACAUUUGGUCAAGCUAUGUGGCUGUUAGACACGACCCUCUACGCGGCUUCAAUCAAUGUCUCACGUUUGUAUGUACAUCAAGGUGGACCUCCUGCACACUACAACCUCUGGUACCCUGUUGAUAGCAAGAACGGCCCUAUCCAAGUCUUUCCGUCAUAUUCGGCUUACCUCUUCGUAGCUGAGGCCAUUGGUUACUCGAGGUCACUGCGCCUUUCAAAUAUCUUCCCAGGGCGACAAGCCAAUGGAUCGUCAAUUACGACCGCAGGUGGUGAUCCUUCUGCUGGUCAGAUCUCGGUAUAUGGUUUCUGGGAUGAAACAUCCGUUGGCAGCUAUGAUUACCCAACUAAGAUCGCGCUCCUAAACCUUGAGCUAUACAACCAGACGGAUUCGUACCCUCGUCCUAAUAUCGCAAUCGACGUAUCUGCGUAUUUGCGGAAGAAGACUCAAGAAGUAAUAGUCAAGAGGCUGACAGCCCCAGGGGCUGAUGUCCUAUCAGCCGAAUUAACGACUUGGGCAGGGCAAACUUUUGCCUCUGGCGUUGCAGAAGGCAACAUUGUGGAAGAAAAAGUGUACAAUGGACAAGUGGUCGUCGAGGCUUCCUCUGCUGCUCUGGUGUAUUGGUAA